GAAAUUUCAUCCAAACGACCAUUCUUGACAGUACAAAAGAUUGUUCCACAUAGUCAUAAAAACAAAAAAGAGAGUGAAAAUUCAUAAUAAAGAUUUGGUGAAGCCUCGAAUACAGUACUUAAAAUGUUUUUUUCACCAAAAUUACUUGUAUUAUUAUGUAUUUUUUAUCUGGAUAUUAUGGAUACACAUUCAAAAAGAAUAUUAGCUGUUUUUCCUUACAAUGCAAAGAGUCAUAAUAACGUUUUUAAUGCCUUGACGAAAGGCUUAGUAAAAAAGGGGCAUCAAGUCGACGUUAUUACCCAUUAUCCGCUGAAAGAUCCACCAAAAAAUUACAGAACUGUUGUCAACUUGAAUGGCACUAGACCCCAUUAUGUGAACCAUAUAUCCAUAGAAUGGAUUCUUGAACAAGGCGGAAAUUCCUUAUCCUUGCAUGCAUAUCUUGCUGGGAAUGAAAUUUGCGAUCUAUUGUCCCUUAAAAAAAUGCAAAAUUUUAUUAAAAAUCCCUCUAAUCAACCACCUUACGAUCUUGUGAUUACCCAGGUACUUGGAGCAAAUUGCUAUAUUGGAUUAGGCUAUGUCUUCAAGGUGCCUGUGAUAACUGUUGCAACGAAUCUGGAAUUGCCAUGGACUGGUGAUGGAGUUGGAAGCCCUUCAGCCACUGCUUAUUAUACAGACGGUUUAAUGAAAACAUUUACCGUUUCAACUUUUUGGGAAAGAUUACAAAAUACAUUGCAUUCUCAAAUUAACAAGUUCAGAUAUUUUAUGUAUACAGAGAAAGCACAAACCGAGACAAUGAGAAAAUAUUUAAGUCCUGAUAUACCAAGCGUUCGAGAAAUCGAGAGAACUGUGGCUUUAACCCUUGUUAAUUCCUAUUUUAACCCAUUUGGUAUUAAACCUUCAACCCCAGGCUUAAUAGAAAUUGGUGGUAUACAUAUAGAAAACGACGAUUCGAUAUUAACGCCUAAUCUGGAACGCUGGAUGAAUGAUAGUACAAACGGAGUUAUUUACUUUGCAUUAGGAUCUAUGGCGUGCAUAGAAACUCUACCGGAAGAAAUCCUUCUUGCAUUUUAUAAAUGUUUUAAAAAAAUUUCUCCAAUGAGGGUGCUAAUGAAAAUCGCAGACAAAACUAAACUCCUCCCAGGCCUGCCAGACAAUGUUCUAACGACUUCAUGGAUUCCUCAAAUACCUGUCUUAAAACACCACAACACCAAAUUAUUCAUAACUCAUGGUGGUAUGUUGGGAAUACAGGAAGCUCUUUAUUAUAAAGUUCCCAUGAUUGGGAUACCAUUAUAUUCUGACCAAUUUCGUAACGUCGAAACUGUUGUAAGCAAAAAUAUUUGUAUCCGGCUGGAUUUAAACCAAAUAAAUCAACGAUCCUUAGAUAAAGCCCUCAAUGCCAUUCUCAAUGAUCCUAAAUACAGGGAAGCUGUAGAACAUGAAUCAAAACUUUUCCGCGAUAGGCCAAUGAGUCCUAUGGAUACGGCAACAUUUUGGGUCGAAUAUGUCAUGAGAAAUGGAGGAGAUUCUUUAAGAUCACCAGCAGUCAAUCUUUAUUGGUGGGAAGUUGCUCUCUUAGAUGUGUACGGAUUUAUUCUUCUGAACUGUAUUGCGCUAAUUUAUUUAGUUAUAUUCACUACCAAGGUUGUUGUAAGAAGAUAUUUUAAAGCCUGUACUACGUGUUCUGAAAUUACUAAAAAAAUCAACUGAACUAUUAAUAUAUAAAACGCAGCAAAAUUAGUUAUACGUAGAAAUUCGAAAAACUCAUAGAGAAACUUAAAAAAUAUACAUGCUUGAGUAAUCAACUUUUCAAUAAGGCAAGUGUGCCUUUCAGCAUUUCUGGAAAAAUAUGAUCACUGUUAUAUAAUUUUAAAUCCAUCCUUAUAAAAAUAUAUACUAUAUUUAGUUCCCAUGCUUAUACAAUUUCGUAAAUAUUAAGUCUAUAUUUGUACACUCAAAAAAAUAAUUGGAUGGUGGAACCUGAGAAUUGGAUGUGGUAUCCAAUUUAGUUGGAUUCUGCAGCGCCAUCCCAUUAGUUGGCUGAGACAGCCAUUUUUAUUGGAUAAGUUAAAAUUGGCUGUGGCAUCCAACUGAGGAGGAUAGCUAAUACUAUAACUUGGGUGCCUCAUCCAGUUAUAUUGGAGACUGCUACUAUCACCUUGGUUAGAACAUCUAAUCUAAAUGUAGCUAUAUCUAUUUCUAUUGUAUCGUAAAUCUUUUUUUGUUUGAUAAUAGGACCAUAUAUUUGGAUGCAUGGGAUAUGCUGCAGGAAUUCUAUAAAAAGCAAAUUAAAAAGCUGAAUGUUUCUUUUAAAAAAUGCAAAUUUAUU